AUGGACGGCCACGCGGCGUCCGUCUCCUUCGGCGGCGCGGGCGCAGCGCAGGCGCGGCUGCUGCAGCAUCUAGUCGCGGCCCCAGGCGCCGCCCGCCGGCUGGAGGCGCAGGUCCUGAACCUCCAGGGCGGUCGCGGCCUGUCCUCGGAGGCCAACCUGCCGGUGAGCUUUGCGGUGAAGAGCUUGUCGUCCGAGGCCACCGAGGAGGGGCUGAGCGAUGCCCUGAGCUCCUCCGGGUUCGGCAAGGCGCUGGCCAAGUCCGUCACGAAGGUGGGCGGGGGACAUGGGCCAUGCACGGCGACCUUUCUGUGA